UCUAAAAUUUUCUUGAGCUGUAGUAUAUAAAGUGUAACGUCUUCUACUUUAAUAAAAAAAAUAAUGGAAGAAGACUGGACUGAAAACCCAUUUACAACUUAUGAUGAGGAUUCACCCAGCCCGACUCCCAUUAAUCUUUCAGGCUUCGUUAAACCAACUUCGUCUUUUCAUAGCAUAAACAUUUCAGCGACCCCUUCAGAAGCUGCUGAUAAGAGAUCAGUUGGUUCACUUAAUACUGAUGUUACGGAGCAAGUAUUAACACCUUCUAUUACUUCGCAAUCUGCGACUUUAGCUGAGAGAGAACUUCGUUUACAAGAGAGAGAAAAAAGAUUAAGGCUAAAAGAAGACGAAAUAGAAAGAAGGCUUCACGUUCUUAAUUCUCAGAGUGCAGCAUUAGAAAAGAGACCCAACUGGCCUCCCUUUCCUGAGUGGUGUAUACCACCCUUUGUGCCGUGGAUUUACCACUCCAUCACUAACGAAAUUCCAGCAGACAAUAGGAAAUUGGUGUUUUUAAUGUUCAACCUCUGGAAAUUCCACUGUCUUUGCUAUUUUUUAAAUUUUCUUGCGGCGCUAUCCUUUUUGAGAUGUGGCCGUUGCUCUUCCAAGAUCAUGCAUUUGGUGCUAGCCCUCCUUUACGUUAUUGCGUUUGUCCCCGGUUCCUUUGUUUUGUGGUAUCGAAGCUUGUAUCGCGGUUUCCAAAAAGACAAGUCGAUAAGCUUUAUGGUGUUCUUCUUUGUGUUUGGCUUCCAGAUUCUGGCCAACGCCUUUUUGGCUAUUGGCGUUCAAGGAUCCGGCGGCGGAGGCUGGAUCAGUGCGGUGGCCACGCUGAAGGAGAGUACUCCCCUCGGUUUUUUUAUUAGUCUCUCAGCUUCGUUUUGGACGCUUAACUUUAUGCUUUGUAUUUACAUGUUCAAAAGGAUUCAUUACUGGUACAGAGGAUCCGAGUACACGGCUGAAAGAGCUCAGAAUGAAAUUGUAGCGGGCGCUGCUCAAAAUGAAACCAUCAGAAGAGGUGUUUUACAUUCAAUACUGAAAUAAGUUCCAAU